GCCACCGUCAUAACAGUUUUCGCCACCGCCAUAGCCGUUCCUCGUUGAGAGAAAAGGAGGAGACAUGGGAGAAAGAUACCGCCGGAGUUCAACUGCCGUUCCCUGGGGCCUUCCCCCGGGGAGCAUCUGUCGCCGGCCGCCGCCGAUCUGGCCGGAUCACGAGAGACUGCCGGUCCGGAGGCCCAGGAAUCGACGGCCGACGAAGGUCCGGAUCAUGCUUCCGAUAAGCGUCCGAUGCGACGCCUGCGGGAACCGCAUCGACAAGGGGUCCAAGCUCAGUUCCAGGAAGGAGGAGGUCGCCGUCGCCGUCGCCGGCGAGGCGGAUUUGGGGAUCCCGGAAUUCAGGUUUUGCUUCGGAUGCACCGGUUGCUCUGCUGAGCUCGCGAUCAAGACCGAUCAGCGGAACUCCUACUGCAUCGUGGAGUCAGGAGGCACGAGAGUCGAAGGCCCCGACGUUCCAGAGCUUACGGAUGAUUCGGAGAAGAUGCAUUGUCAACCGAGCGGGCACGAAGAAUAGGUUUUUUUGAAGCUUGUUUCUGUUUCGUUUAAUGUUCAGGCCACUUCGAUUGGUUUUGACGUAUUGCAUAUGAAAAGGGGCUGUUCAUAUGCAUGUUUUGCAUGAGUGAAUAAUGGGAAUCGUGUUGGAUCACACAUACUGUGGAAGUGCUUCUUUUUUGUUGUUUUCGGGAUAGCAAUUUAGGGUAGAAGUCAUACUUGCCUUGUUGCAGAUGCAUUCUUACCUUGCAUUUUGACAUUUACUGUUGAGGGAUAAACUUUAGCUG